UACACACUCACGCACAUCCCGACCCCGGCCAUUCCCUCCCGCGCGCACACAUACGCACACACCACGCGCCUCUGUGCACUAAGGCCACUGACUGAUGGCUCGGAAUUGUCACUAGUUCGCGGGAAGUAAUCCAAAGUACACGUGGAAGUUUAAACGCAGCAACAGAUAGUGAUCCAAGUACUUUUUUUUUUUUCAUAGGGAUUUCAAUGCAUUAACAUACGGAGAUUUCAAUGCUCUCCAGCUAGCAAUCUAAGAGAAAAGAACCCAGGAAAGGUUUCAGAAUAUGAGAACAUUGUUUUCUUGUUCGACUUCCGCGGCAGAAAGACGCUAAUGAUUCCCCGUUAAUUGCGCGCUGAACGUGUAAUUUCAAGUUCCUGUCGCCGGCGAAGGAAGAAGAGGCGGAGGAGGAGGAGGAGGUGGUGGUGGAGGUAGAGGAAGAGGAAGGACAGACAAGGACAGUCAAAGGGAAUAUUGAACCUUAGGAAGAAGGGAAUAUCUGUUGUGGAUAUCUUGGAACCUCUGAAAUGCAGGGGCGGCGGCGGCGGUGGUGGUGGUGGGCUGCGGUGGUGGCUGUGGCGGCGACUGUGACAGGCGAGGGCUCCAGUGUUGGGGAGCGGCACUCCCUGACACCACACCAUGCCCCCUCCCUCUCCCGACCUUUGAAGUCUCUGGACCACGCCCGCCCUCCAGACACCGAGGUGGAGAGUCACUCGAGCCACAAAGAACUGACGCCUUACCACCUUUCUCCGAGAACCUGGAGGCAUCUUACCACCGCGCUCUUUUGGAGAAUCAUCAAAGACCGCCUUGGAAUGCCUCCUGAAGACACGUAUUUGAAUCCUGGACCUAUUGCUGACCUGCUGGAACAUUUCAAAACGGAAGCCUCUGAAAGAAAAGAAAAACGAAAUCGUAAGGAAGAUGUAGAGUCACUGGAACACGCUGAGACGCAAGGCACCGUAAGGGAAAGGAAAGGAAAGAAAGAAAAGAGACGUUCGUUAGAACGCUCUCAAAUAACACAUGACGAAGUAAGAAAAAUAAUAGAAAAGCUACAGUAUGAUGAUAAAGAGAGCGUAUUGAAACACGCCAGGAAGACACAAGAGAACAUCGUCAAGAAAAGAAAAGGAAAAUGGAAGCAUGAAGAGAAGAAGCACCACUCGCUGAAACUUUCUAAGAAGACGCAAGACACAAUAAAGAAAAGAAAGGAGAAACAAAAGCAAAGAAAUACAGACAACACACUGGAACACAUGAAAAUAACACAGGAUACCAGAAGCUUAGGAGAAAAGAAACUUAAUAUCGACAAAAAGGAAGAAAAGAAUGUUGGAAAAAAUUCGUCUUCUUCCCUUUCUCACGCCUCGGCCAUCGCCCACGCCCUCAGGAAACACGCUCAGGGGAAGGUCGUCAGCCGCAGCACCAGAGCCAUCAAUGCGCGCGUCGCCUCUUUCAUCAACCUCCCAGCCGAGCACCGCGGAUUCCUACUUGACCUGCCCGCGGAACACAGGGAAAGUCCGCCCUUCAUACCACCACCAGCCCCGCCCCAACCACCCGCACCCGCACCCUACCAGUACCAUCACCACGACCACGAGACAGGAGUGUACGUGUUUGGCUACGGCGAUGGGCAGCAGUGGCGCCACGAGGAGCGGGGUCCCAAGGGGCAGGUGCGCGGAGGCUACGGCUGGAGGGACGAGAGAGGCAAAAACCACGUCACCCACUUCGUCGCCGACACCAGUGGUUAUCGCGUGGUGCCCCGGGACAAGCAGGUGCCGCGGGUGUCGGGAGCGGCCCUGGGACUGCUGGCCGAGGACGGGGGAUACGCCCCCGCGCCUUACCUGUCCUCCCUUCACCCCCUGCACCACCACCGCCACUACCUCCACCUCGACCACCUCCGCAGUGAGGAGCACCACGCCCCACAAGCCCCGCCAGGUGUCCGUCCCGUACUGCUGACCCGCCCCUUGGCUCGACCCGACCCCCGCCCGCCACCCCGGCCCCACCCCUACUCCCUGCUGUACCUACACUACGUCCCCCUCGCCCACUUGACCGCGCGUGACCCUGAGUACCGGAGCAGCGGGAGGGAAGAGCCCCAGCCCGCUACCACCACCACCACCACCAGCCUCCGCCCCAAGCUGAGUUUGUGGCAGUGACUGGGACCAUUGUUAAUUACUGAAGGAGUUUGUUAGCUGUCCACCUGCACCAGUAGCUGCAUCAUCCUGGGACAAGAUUGCGUUGUGAAAUAAGCAACUAUGGACACUAUAGUAUUUCCAUAGCAUUCACUUCAGAAAUAAACACUGGUCCAUUUUAUCAUAAUUCAGUGUCUCAAACCACAAGAAGUUUAGAAGUUUUUAGCUAGAAUUGCUGUAGGUUAGUGAAGUAGUUGCAGUCUCCACAGAGACUGUAGUGUGUACUGGUACAUGCAGUGACUAAAUACAGGCAAUGCAUUGGUGAAGUGACUCUUGGUUCACAUGAUGUUGCUUUGGAGUUGUACUAUGUGAAGAACUUGCCAGAAAAGUACGUCUUAAUUACUUAGUGCUGUGUUCCCAACUACAUCAUUGGAUGACAACCACUCUUUAGCAGGGAAACACUGCAUGUAUUCUGGCAGCCAUUCUAUGAUGACAUCAGGGAACUUAGUGCAAGUGACCACCUGGAUGAAAAGGAGAAAGUUGCACACAAUCUCCUUGUGAUGGGGGGUGAAAAAGAAUCCCAGCAGUUUCCCUGUACCAGUUGGACCAGCAUCCUGCCUGCCCAGGAAACUCCCAAGCUCACCACUAGAGAGAAUGACGAAAGUGGCUUCCAGCUGCCAAAGGAACUGUGG